AUGGCGGAACUUUCACAGGGAGAUCGCGACAUUAUCAAGAACCAUCCUCUAACCAACUCAGUCAAUAGUUUACAAGCUUUACAGGGAGAGGAUGCAGCUUACAGCCUUCGCUCACGGAUGAGUGAUGGAAAUGUGGCAUCUGAUCUAGCACAAUUAGUCGAGCGCCUCCAAAAGGCAAAAGGAAACUUCAGAUACUAUGAGUAUCGGCUGCUAGUAUGUCUAGUCAUCCAAAGACCACCAGACAUCGAACUCCAGAGCGUCGAAAAAUGGAACAUCGACAUCUGGAAAGCUAUAUUUAACCUCAUUGUCACAAUCCCUCGAACAACACCAUCAGCGAGCAUCCCCCCCUCCUUUGACAACACCCCAGUCAAAUCCACCUCAUCAUCACAGAAAGGUUCCAAACAGACACUUGAGUUAGUGAAUCCAAGAAUCUUUGAGGAGAUACAUGACUGCAAAUUUCAAGAUGUUGAGGGCUUCUUCAACAAGUACUUUGAGGGAAAAGACUGGAGCAGCAAAGCGGAUGCUAUCUGUCAACAUGUGCUAGCCUCAGACAGUGAUGAUGGCAAUUGGGCCCAGUUCCCUGAUCCUUCUACACAGGCUGAUGUCCUCACCUGAUGAUUUCAUCUUCAAGAAGAUCUUCUC